AUGAACACUAACUAUGACUCUAUGACACCAACACCUAAAGAAAAAGAAGAAAUCAUUCACAACGACGCGGAAGCAGAAUAUCAACUUGUCAAUAAUAAUGUGUUGCCAAUCUCACGAAACUGUUGCCACAGUAAAUGCGUAAUUGGUGCGGAAUAUUACAGAGUCUAUAUAUCAGUUGUGAUGGUCUUGGUACCUACGAUAUUUCACUGGAUUGCAUCGUUUGUUUUUAGAAUGGAAAGAAAGAAUGUACUCAUCGACGGUGUGAAGUGGUUUAUAGUCGAUUAUAACGUUGCGUGCUUCAUCCCAUCACUCUUUUUCUUCUGUACAAUUGUUCUCUUGGAUAUCUUCAUGACGAACGCGAACCCGGUAAUAAUCCCUCGAAAGAACAGAAAGAUUGGAAUCACCCUCAACGGUGCAAAACAUGUGAAAAAGACGUGCAACUUUAAAAUGCAGAGUAUGUAA